UGUAAUGAUACUCCCGGGUUCAAACCAUUUACUUUAGUAAAAUAUUUAGUAAAAUCAACUCAACUUUCUUAUUGCAAAUUUCAUCAAAUUAAGUGUAACACAGUCAAUUUAACUCAUUUUCUUUCUGCAAAGUUCUUCAAACUAAUGCUAAAGUUUGAUGCGCAGGAAGUGGAUCAUAUGUGAUUCGAUCCUGAAUUUGCUAUUUAUAUAUGGUUGAUAUACGAUAACGAAUAUUCAAACAAACUUUGCAAUGAACUCAGAUCAAACGUAAUUAAAUAUAUUUUACAGACAUUUUUAACAAAACCUCCAGAACUUGUGUAAAGUGAUUGAACAAUUUUAUGAUUAAAACGAUCGCGAUUUCAAAUUCUUCAAAUUCUUCAAAUCAAAGCAGAGAAUCAGUGAUGUGAACGAAAGCGGAAAUAUAUUUUUGUUUAUACAAUCUGCCGUGAAUAUUAGCACACUCACGCAAUAAUCAAAACAAUAAUGUAAAAGCACCUAUCUCAAAUCUCUAAAGAUGUCUAAUCAAAACAAUAAUGUAAAAGCACAGAUCUCAAAUCUCUAAAGAUGUCUACAGACUUGUAGAAGCGGAAACUGAAAGUUACAACAAGCAUGCUUAAUUGACAAUCAUUACCAAGAAAACCAUGCGACUCCAAGAAUUUGUAUUACAUUUUUUUUCAUUAUCGUUUGAAUAGUUUACCAAGAAGCAUUUGCUUCGUUAUUAAUAGAAAACUAUCAUGUUUCAUUAUUAUAAAAUAGCAGUUUCUCUGUGUUUCAUCGAUUAUUUCGCAUGGGCAUUUUCGAUUAAAGAAUGUUCGAGAAAUUGUACCUUUCGCAAUGGUAAAUUGACAACGUGGGACUUCAACAGCACGAAAGCGAGGCAAGGUCCUCCGACCAUGAAAUUUGGUAAAGUGAGGAAAGAUGUGACAUUAAGAAGUACAUUAUCCAUAAACUGUCAUGUUUGUCGGAGCAGCUCACCCUCGAGUAUCAAAUGGUUUUUCAACGGAAAACCUCUUGUUUUGCCAAGAAAACGUAGUCAUAGCAUCAGAUUUUUAUGUGAACAAACGCUGUAUCUUUUCGCGGUAAGGGAAGAAGAUCAUGGAAAUUACACGUGUAUAGCAAAGAACGACUUCGGAGAAGCAAAUUCAACAACGGAGGUUGCAGUCAUUGGUCAUGGUUGUUCUAAAGUAUGUUCCAUGACGAAAGGAAAACGUCUUGUUGGUAAUAAGAAUAUAGGUCCACCAAAAAUGAAGGGAAAACAUCGACGUCUAACAGAAGUCAGCGGUAGUAUAACAACAAUAAAGUGCGCACUUUGUGAAAGCAACCCACCUUCUACUAUUACGUGGUAUUACAAUGAUCACGUACUCAAUAGGAGAAAAAACAGAGAGAAAAUCCACUCCGAAUUGUGCGAGGAAUCCUUGUACUUCAGGGUGUCGAAAAAUAGUGCAGGCAAUUACACCUGCGUUGCUGAAAACAGCCUGGGGCGAGCUAGUUUAACAACUGAAAUUGAAGUUUAUGACUUAGAAACAGAAGCACCCAUAAACAUUUCAAUGGAAGCAAUACGCGGCACGAUACGUGAAAAGAACGUAAAGUUGGGCUCAAAAAUUAAUAUAACCUGCGUCGUACAUACUUCACAGUGUCCUCACUUGAGGUGGAAAUGGGAAAAGAACGAUAAACCUAUGACUGGUAGUCGAUUCAUAAACUGGCAGUCACCAAGCAACGACUUAUGUUCCAGUACGAUAAUCAUACAUGAAGUGUUGACUAACUCUUCAGGAAAAUACAAAUGCAAAUUUUUAGGUUGGAUUGGAGAUUCCCGUUCAACUUACACGCAAAAGGAAAUAUCGAUUGCAGCCGUGCCAUGUUUUCGGGGAUUUUACUGUCCUUCAAGUAACGAAACAGCUAUACGCUGUCCAAAUGGAACCUUUACGAUGCAAGUGAAUGCAAAAAAAAUUGAAGAUUGCAAAUCGUGCGCGGACAACUGGAAUGAAACUUUGACGAUAUUACUUGAUGAUGACGAAUAUGGCACGAGUAUCCGAGAAAUCAAAUGUCCCGUACGAGAAUUGACAUCAGGAGAAAGAUCUUCAGGUUUACUGCACGGCGAAAUGAUAGCAAUUGUUGGAACCAUAGUCUCAGGAGUUGUCAUCAUUAUUAUUGGUGGUUUGUAUGGAGUGCGAAGAUGUCGUAAAUAUAAGAAACUGGUUAACCCCUCUGAAGAAAUACAAAUAGAAAUUCCAGAAAAUGCACCAUCUAGAGAUGUAUUUGUGUGCUACAGCUCAAAGAAUCGCGACUGGGUUCACAACACACUGCUGGCCAAUCUUCGUGAGCAGCAUUUCCAAACAUUUGUAGAUUUUGUUGACUUUGAGAUUGGCGUUUCUAUCCAUGAGAAUAUUGUGAAAGGAAUAUACGGGAGUCGAAAAACAAUAUUUGUGCUGUCCAAGGACUCUAUAAAAAGUUACUACGCCCGAAGUGAAUUAAGUCAAGCCUUGAAUGCGGGAAGAAAAACAGGCAGACAUCAAGUCAUAGUCGUGCUAUAUGAGAAAUAUGGAAGAACGACUGGACACAUUAUACUUGAAGGAACAUUGGCAGAUCGUGACAUAAUCAUUGGUUCAAACGUGAACAUAAGUUGCGAGUGGACACGAGAUAAGAAAGCAAAAUGUGGUGCUAAUUGGUGGAAAGACUCAAAACGUCUCCGAGAGAUAAAGGGUCACAUUGAAUGGAUGCAUGGGGAAAGAAUAAGCGAAGAUGAAUGUUCACCAUCAAAAAUUGUCAUUAAAAACUUUAAAGUGAGCGAUGCUGGAGAAUACAAGUGCGAAACGAACAGUGAUAAACAGAUGUACAUGACAAGAUUCGAGGAAGCUUCCAUUACUGUGUAUGCAGUAAGGUGUUACAAAGGAUUCUAUUGUCCCCCGAAUGAACGGUCACCUAAACUCUGUCCUUCGCAGACAUUUUCUCACGACAAUAACGCUACGUCAAUUAAAGACUGCAAGCCAUGUCCAAAAGACAAGAAUGAAUAUACAUUCUUGAAGAGUCAGAUGGAAACAAAAACUGCAUUCAUCUUUAAUAGAAAUUGCGUUGUAGGAUCUCAGGUCAAAGAAAAGAAAAUAUUUUCAAAGAGAAUCAUAAUGGUUAUAGUCGCCACCGUAAUGCUGAUAGUUUUAGCGUUUGUCAUCUUUGUUAUCUACGAAGUAAAAAGAAGGAGAUCAGGAAUAAGAAAUCAAGAUAAAAAAUUGCUGAGACCGUUUGACGAGGUUGAUUACGAUCCACCAAAGUUACCUCGAUCCAAAGAUGUGUUCGUUUGUUACAGUUCAAAAAACAAAGAUUGGGUACACAACACUCUAUUUCCAAAACUUAAAACUCAGGACUUCAAAGUUUUCAUUGACUUUAUUGACUUCGAGAUAGGAAAAACGAUUGACGAUAACAUGAUACGAGGCAUCUAUGGAAGCAGGAAGACACUGUUUAUUCUUUCGAAAGAUUCCUUAAAAAGUAUUUUUGCAAUGAAAGAACUUUACCAUGCACUUGCUGCAGGCAAGACAGGACAUCAAGUCUUAACUAUAUUAUAUGAAAAGUGUAAAACACCGGCUGCUGUAUCCAAUCUAGUCUAUCUUGACUGGACGGAUGAAGAGAAGAAGGAAAGAUUUUGGGAAAGACUUUUUCAUGCAAUAAGAAGACCUUUGGCCAAUGAAAUCGUUUGUGUUUAAAACUGCAUUGUAUACAUUGUUGUAUUGAGAGUUAAUAAGAUAAACUUUCGUGAUUCAUCGUAAAA